AUGGAUGAGCAGCAGAAAACCGAGACCUUCGUCCAUCAGCGCGACAGCGCCAGUGCCGAAUCGCAAAAUGACCUCGAGGUAUCUGAGAAAAAAGGGACGCCAGAUGAUCGAAAGGACAUGCACCGCAUGGGCAAGACCCAGGAACUUCGAAGAAACUUCCGUUUUGUUUCCAUCUUUGGGUACUCAAUGAUUCUGAUGGCCACUUGGGAAACCGGUUUAACGACACUUAUCAUCCCACUGACCAACGGUGGUACCGGAGGCGCCAUAGUAUUGUUUCUUGCCACUGCAAUCGGAAUGGGUUUCGUGAUCGUCUCCAUGGCCGAAAUGGCAUCAAUGGCACCUACCUCAGGAGGUCAAUAUCACUGGGUAUCAGAAUUCGCUCCCAGAAAACACCAAAAGUUUUUGAGCUACGUAGUCGGAUGGCUUUGUGUUCUCGGUUGGCAAACCGGCAUUGCCUCCAUUGGUUAUCUCGCUGGUACACAAAUACAAGGCUUGAUAGUCCUGAAUAACGAUUCGUAUGUGCCGGAGAGAUGGCAUGGAACCCUUCUCGUCAUUGCUGUAGCAACCUUUUCCAUCGUCUUCAAUACUCUCCUGGCAAGGAAAUUGCCCAUGAUCGAAGGUACCGUCUUGGUCCUACAUAUCUUCGGUUUCUUCGCCAUAUUCAUCACAAUGUGGGUUCUUGCACCUCGAAGCUCUGCUAAAGAAGUCUUCGGUGGGUUUCAGGACAAUGCGGGAUGGGGAAACGUUGGGCUUUCAUGUCUUGUAGGCCAGCUCGCACCUAUCUUCUCACUGCUAGGUUCAGAUGCUGCAACGCACAUGUCUGAAGAGCUCCGCGAUGCCGCCUAUACGCUUCCUCGUGCCAUGAUCUGGACUGCAAUCACCAACAGUGUACUCGGGUUCCUCAUGCUCGUAACCUUCUGCUUCUGCCUAGGCGACGUACAGAGCGCGAUUGAGUCACCUACCGGAUACCCGCACAUUCAAAUCAUGUACAACGCCACCGGGAACCGCGCUGGAGCCACCGCCCUCGCAUCCCUCACGACCAUCAUGGCCGUCUUCGGCUGCGUAAACAACGUCGCCACCUCCUCCCGACAACUCUUCGCCUUCGCCCGUGACAACGGAAUCCCCUUCGGCGCGUUCCUGUCCCGCGUCCAACCCGGCUGGGACAUCCCCCUGAACUCGGUGCUCGUCUCCUUCGCCAUCGCCAUCCUCCUCUCCCUCAUCAACAUCGGAAGCACCGUCGCCUUCAACUCCAUCGCCUCCCUCGGCACCUGCGCCCUUCUCUCCUCCUACAUCAUCUCCAUCUCCUGCAUCUUCCUCAAGCGCUGGCGCGCAGAACCCCUCCUCCCAUCCCGCUUCUCCCUCGGCGCCGCGGGCAUCUGGAUCAACGGCGCCGCCAUCGUGUACCUUGCCCUCGCGUUCGUCUUCGCUUUCUUCCCGACGUUCCCCCAUCCGACGCCCGACCUCAUGAACUGGAAUAUCCUGAUCUACGGCGUCGUUGUCGUGUUUUCGCUAGUGUAUUUUGCAGUUAAGGGGAGGCGGGUGUAUGUUGGUCCUGUGGAGUAUACUAGGAGGAUGGAGUGA